CGGGGCGGGGCGGGCGGAAGAUGGCGGCGGCCGCGGCGCUGCUCUCGGCCUGGUUCUGGGACGAGCGGUUCUGGCUGCCGCACAACGUGACAUGGGCGGACGUGGCGAGCCGCUCCCCGCGCGCCGGCCUCGUCGCCUGCGCCUUCCCGCUGGCGCUCGGCAUCUUCGCCGUGCGGCUGGUCUUCGAGAGGUUUAUUGCCAAGCCAUGUGCCAUAAACCUGGGCAUUCAAGACAGUGGACCUCACAGAGCCCAGCCCAAUGCAAUUCUAGAGAAAGUGUUUACAUCCAUCACCAAGUCUCCAGAUGGAAGAAGGUUAGAAGGGUUGUCAAAGCAGCUAGACUGGGAUGUUCGAAAGAUCCAGCGCUGGUUUCGUCAUCGGAGGAACCAGGACAAACCCACCAUCCUCACUAAAUUUUGUGAGAGCAUGUGGAGAUUUACAUUUUAUUUAAGUAUAUUUUCUUAUGGAAUCAGAUUUCUCUGGUCGACCCCCUGGUUUUGGGAUACACGACAGUGCUGGUACAACUACCCUUUCCAGCCCCUAACAUCCAGCCUUUACUAUUACUAUAUCAUGGAGCUGGCCUUCUAUUGGUCUCUCAUGUUUUCUCAGUUUACAGACAUUAAACGAAAGGAUUUUCUUAUCAUGUUUGUCCAUCACUUGGCUACGAUUGGACUUAUUACAUUCUCCUAUAUGAACAACAUGGUGCGGGUAGGGACGCUGGUGCUGUGCCUCCACGAUGCCUCAGACUUCCUCCUAGAGGCUGCAAAACUGGCCAAUUACGCCAAAUACCAACGUGUCUGUGAUGCCACCUUCAUGCUUUUUGGUGUUGUGUUCAUCGUGACUCGACUAGGUAUUUACCCAUACUGGAUCUUGAAUACAACCCUGUUUGAGAGCUGGGAGCUGAUUGGUCCUUAUCCUUCAUGGUGGCUGUUCAAUGGACUCUUGGUAACUCUGCAGGUUCUGCACAUCAUCUGGUCCUAUCUCAUCAUUCGCAUUGCUUACAAGGCCCUCAUGCGGGGAAAGGUAUCAAAAGAUGAUCGCAGUGAUGUGGAGAGCAGCUCUGAAGAGGAAGACACAACUUCAAACAGCACAAAAGGAAACUUCCGCACUUCAAGCAAUGGCGCCAAUCGCAUUAAUGGCCACAUAGCUACUGGCCAGUGGGCAGAAGAGGAGUAAGGCCUGGGUGAGGCCAUCAGCAAACACAGACUUUUCUUUCAAUAUCUAAAUGUGUUGAGCUCCGUGUUCCCAAGUGAUCUUUUAAUCAAACUCCCUUUCCCUGAAAACCUCCCUGAAAUUCAAAUGGGCACAAUGUAAAUGAGUCUAAGCCUUCACAGUGCAGAAGGGAUAGAGCUGACAACUAGUACAAAAGCGAACACAAAUUUCACUUUUUUUUUUUAAAGAAAACAAGCCAUUUUCUAUUUAAGUCUCCUUGUCCCCUCUGUCUUGUUGUUUGCAGAAGUAUUUUUGUUUGUCACAAACAAGUUUUCAUUACGAUCAACUCGAGCAUGGGGAAGAGUUUGGGCGGGGACUCGCUGACAGUGGACGAGUUAAGGUACCAUUCCAAAAACGCUGCUUGCCCCAGCGCAGGUUCAGUACGUGUGGUUUGGUUUGUGCUUUUUUUGAUGCACUCCAGAAUAUGUUUAGACUGUGUUCUAAAACUGCUCGGAUACUCCACGAUCUAACAACCUGGGCUCUAGCACAGAAGCUCUUUUGAUCAGAGCUGAGUACCACUCCUCUCGCGACUGGUCUGUGCUACAGCAAAGUGUUGAAUUCGAUUGCCUUACAACCCAAUGGAUGAAGGCAUGAUCUAAGUUGCUAAACCAGUUAUCACUUGUAACCUCUACUGUCAAGAGGGACCAAGUUGGCAUUUGCUGCCUAUUUUGGUGCUCAGUUGUCCCUCCAAAGUCUUAUCUACAAUGUUUUGGAAUAACUUUUUUUUUUCUUUGCCCCCGAGAAAGCUAUGUUGUACAUGCUUCCCGGCAAGUCUUGAGGGUCUGAAUGCUUUUACAACGGUUUCAGGAUAAAACUGGCCAGAUUUCUAAGGACAUGAGUCACAGACAGACCAGUGCUGUUGGGCUCCAUUACCUUUCCAUGGGGGCAGAAGUUGCAAGCCUGCAUGUGUGUGUAUUUUUUUCCAGGAAAAAGCAAAUUUGUUGCUGCCCUGGUUUCAGAGCCCUGUACAGAGGAACUGGUGGGCUGGAAAGGCAGCCACACCACAGGCAUUGCUUCUUUUUAAUUCAAUGGUACUUUGGGGCAAUGGAAGAGACUCAAGUGUUGAAAUCAUGACAACGACUUUGGAAAUUUCUUGAGUUGUUACCGUUUUAUACCAUUGUUUACUUUUAUCUGAUUAAAAAGAGCUUCAGAAAGUG